CCCAGCGGAGAGUGACGCUUGAACUAGAAUGUCGCUAGUUCACCUCAGUUCCAGACAUGGCAGCGUUGAGACAGGAGCAUCGGUAUGGACUCUCCUGUGGAAAGAUUAAUAAAAGCAUUCCCAAUAAAACCAUCUUUCACGUCAAGCUAACCGACACGGCCAUCCGGACGCUGGAGGCUUAUAAGAAUCUCAAGGGGUCCUUACCAAAUCAGCCGGCAAUUUGCUUCAAGGGGAACCAGGGGUAUAUCAAGAUUCCUGCUUCCUCGGAUUCUCCUGAUGCUUUCCGUGUCUUCUCCUUCUACCUGUCCAGUGACAGUAAAGACAAACCUCAGGCCAGCUUUGACUGUAUUCACCAGUAUGUUUCUGGAGAUGGCAGGGAGCAUCUGGAAAGUCAGGGCAGUAUUCAGGACAAAAUCACGGUGUGUGCCACCGACGAUUCCUACCAGAUGACCCGCGAGCGCAUGUCUCAAGUGGAAAAGGACAUCUGGAGUCGCUCAGCCAUCGAGAUCAAACCUGGAUCCACACGUCCAAGUAAAUGUGUGAAGAUUAAGAAGAAACAGGGCCUGCCGACUAGCUUUGACAACACUAAUAGACAUUCACCCAGCAACAAGAGGAACGGUACACCUAGCUUGGUGGCCCACAAGCCCUUGAAAGAGCGUGUUAUUCAUGUUCUAGCCUUAAAGCCCUACAGCAAGCCAGAACUACUGCUCUGGUUGGAGAGGGAGAAAGCCAGCCCCAAGGACAAGGCCGACUUAAACGCUGUGCUGGAUGAGGUGGCUAAACUCAAUCCCAAAGACCACAGCUUUACUCUAAAGGAUGAUUUCUACAGACAUGUGCGGAGGGACUGGCCCGGCUAUGUCGAGGAAGAGCGGCAACUCAUUCAAAGGGUGCUGGCAAGAAAACUCCAGCCUCUCAGCAGCAGCACUAGCCAAUUGAAAAGCCUCCAGUCCAGCCAUUCAUUCCACAAAACCUCAGGGGAUUCUCCAUCCCAACUCAGCCCUGUCAAGAAUCUCUCCAUGAAACGCCCAGUGCCUUCCGACCAUCCAGAAAGUCAGACGCCGAAAAAGCAACGUUUAUUAGACCAGAACAUGCCCUUGCAAUCUCCUUCCAAUGGACAUCUCAGCUCCUCCAUGAGCCGUAGCUCUUCCGCUCAUGGAAACACAAGUUUGCAAAGGGGUAGCAGCACGGCUCAGCAGAGCCCUGAUGGUCAUUACCAGAGGCACAAGCUCGGGGAGUCCAACAGCAUGCCCAAACCAGAACAGCCAGAACCAGCACAGCAGCCAUCGUCCAGCCCCAAACACCCAAGAACUGAACCAGAAAUCUGCACUGACCAGCAGCUAGCAAACGGCCAGCACAAAAAGAAGUCCAAGAAGCAUAAAGAAAAAGAGAGGGAGCGCUUAAAACCUGAGUGGGUCGAGACCAGCCCGGACCUUAAACAGAACCAGGAAAAUAUCAAUGACCACGAACGACCCAACACACCUGUCACCCGUGCCUCGCCCGAUGAGCUGCCUGACCAUUUAUUGAAAUACAACACUAUAACAGACUCUGAGCAGCGGCAGAGAUACAAAGAGGAUUUCUGUGCAGAAUAUGACGAGUACAGAGACCUUCAUGAACGUAUAGGGAAAGUUACAGAGAUGUUUGUUCAGCUGGGAUCCAAGAUAAAGACGCUGUCUCCCGGGACACACAAGUAUAAGGUAAUGGAGGAUCAAAUAAUGGAGAAGUAUAGGAAGUAUAAGAAGAAGUUUCCAGGCUACCGGGAAGAAAAGAAGCGCUGCGAGUAUCUCCAUCAGAAACUAUCACACAUCAAAGGCCUGAUUCUGGACUAUGACCGCACACAAGCGCUCUCCUAGUGCCAGCCGUUCCACUCUCCUCCUCCUUCCCAGUCUGCUCGCAUGGACCAAACGACUCCUCAGUGGAAAUAAACCAGGGCCAAACGUCUCUCUUGAACACGACAAGGCAUUUCCACGUCUUUCCUCCCCACGAACUGUGGGUAACAAUGUGGAGGCUGAGGAUCUAAGCCCAAACUAUCAAACAAAGGCCAAGACCUCCAACUAGUGACUUAAGCCCUUUAAAGUUUUUUUUUUCUUUUUCAUUCUCGUGUAAAAAGUGUUGCAUUGAGGAAUUGGUUAGAUGUGAGACACAACCUAAGCCAAAAUAGUUAUUUUUUUCCUACCCAAAUGCAGCAUAUGUGUAACCGUUGCCCUUGGAUCUCCUAACUUCGGCUCUGAGCUCUGACCUUCAGGGCUGCGGGCUGCUUUUAUGGUACAAUCAUAAAGCCUGGAUGAUGAGAGAUGACUAUCUGUACUGUGUUCGGUCUGUCAAUGAUUUAUCAGAGAACUUAAGCACAGUUUCUAUUUUGAUAUUUUACUGAAUGUAUAUUUGUACACUUGUAAGAUCUCGACAUCUAUAAUAGAGGGUUUAAUCACUGGAUAGAAUAAGGGAAACCUGGAAUUUUCUCAACUCUGAGGUGAUCCUACCAAACUCUGUAGAGUACGAGGGUGCAAUCUGUCAUAUGAACACCCGCGUGAAAGCACCUACGUCAGACUCUUAAUUAGACGAGACCUUCCUCUUUUGUGUGUAGCUACAUGAUGAGUUCUGGGAUACUUAAAUCUGAAAUUAAAUCUGGAUUUCCUGUAGCCAAUCGUGUAAUAAGAUGAAAGGUGCUUUGCCUUGACAGUUCAAAAUCGUUAAAGUGAUCAUUUUCUCAUGGUUUUUGUGUCCA